AUGUGUUACAUAAGAUUUUUUCCAUUUUGUUAUUCAAUUACCCACCAUCUAUCUAUCUAUCUAUCUAUCUAUCUAUCUAUCUAUCUAUCUAUCUAUCUAUAUAUAUAUAAUCACAGCUGUGUGGAAAGAACAGGUAACGACCUUCAGGAAAGAAGAACCCGUAAGGAUACAAAAGAAACAAUCAUGAAUACAAUCUCAUAUCUUGUACCUGCACGUUUUUUAGCUCUUGUUUCCCAGUUGGUGAUUGCUAUCAUGAUUUUGUUAUCCAGGAAUGCCAAUGUUGAAAAUUCUUUGCCCACAACCUUCACAACAGAUGAAUACAAACAGGUCGAUGUUGAGCUCUUCAUCGCUUUGUCUCUGACGUUGGUACUGAUAAUGUGGGAAUUUCUGGGUUUCAUCAGUGGCACAACAAUGUUCAUCAACUUUCAGAGUUUACUCUCCACAAUUGCCCAUAUCUGUGGGUUAGUUGCAUCAAUAUAUUUUGUGUUUGAGGUAUGGCCUGUCUCUUGGUAUUGGUAUAUCUUUGGCUUUUGCAAUGUGAUACCUGCUUUAACUGAAUUCAUUUACAUCUUGCAGGUUCAUUGUUUUCAUCGGGGUUUCUAG